GCGAAUAAAGGCCGCAGCCCAUUUCUGACCGGAGCUUCUUUAUUGUUUAAAAUGCAAGGCUGAAUUUAGCUUGUCUACGAACAGGGUUAAUGAUUGAAUAGUAUAUUUAUUUUUUAGCAGUUUUUGUGCUGAUGUUUCUUCGUAGGCGUUGCUUGGUUACCGUUUUUCCUCGCUGUAGCUGCAGGUGUAUGAGGUGAAGAGGGUUCAGGAUGACGCCUUUCUCUUUCAUCACUCGACUCGAAAAUAAGACGCUUUAGAAAGGUUCGCCUCUUUGUCUUUCGGACGCUUUUUUUAAGAUACUAAUUUUAGAGAGGUGUAAACAAACCGGAGCCCGCCGCAAUGACGAUAGGUCCGUUUCCACAGCAGUCGCCAUUAUUAAUAGACAAUAAUUAAUUAGUGAGAGUUAAUUGUUUGCAGGGGAAAGGUUUGGUUGGUCUGUAAUGUGCUGCUUUAGGUUGUAGCAGACAGCUCCGUGUUCAGAAUCAGUCGGUCACUGGGAGAUUAGCGGCGGUGGGGACCAGGCUGGCUGUCUGUCUGUGGCAGAUCUAAUAAAGAUGGUGUUUCGGAGCGAGGAGAUGUGCUUGGCGCAACUGUUUCUGCAGUCCGGCUCUGAAUAUGACUGCAUCAGUGAGCUGGGAGAGAUGGGGCUGGUCGAGUUCAGAGAUCUCAACCCCAGUGUCAGCUCAUUCCAGCGGCGCUUCGUCAGCGAAAUCAAGAGAUGCGAGGAGAUGGAGAGAAUCCUUGGCUUCCUUUUGAGGGAGAUCCAGAAAGCUAAAAUCGCUGUUCCACAAGAGGACGAGAGCCCGCUUGCUCCUCCGCCCAGACAGGUCUUGGAGAUCAUGGAGCAGCUUCAGAGGCUUGAAAUGGAGCUCAGCGAGGUGGCAAAGAACAAAGAGAAGCUUCAGAGGAACCUCCUGGAGCUCACAGAAUACACACAUAUGCUGAAGAUCACCCGGACCUUCAUACACAGCCGCUCCAGACAUGAGGCCCUUGGUCCCCAGUAUGAAGAGUUCCCCACUAUGGAGACAGAUGCAGUCGCUGGAGGCACUGGCAUGCAGAGACUUGGAGCCAAGCUUGGUUUUAUUUCAGGACUCAUCCAGCGGGUGAAGGUGGAGGCCUUUGAGCGCAUGCUGUGGAGAGUUUGCAAAGGCUACACGAUUUUAAGUUACGCAGAACUGGAUGAGAGCCUCGCUGAUCUGGAAACCGGGGAAAUUAGCAAAAAUGUUGUGUUUCUCAUCUCCUUUUGGGGAGAUCAGAUUGGACACAAAGUUCAAAAAAUCUGUGACUGUUACCACUGCCACUUAUAUCCACAUCCUGAAAAUGACGAGGAACGUGCAGAUGUGUUGGACAGCUUAAGAACACGGAUCCAGGAUCUCAAUAACGUGCUUCAUCGCACUGAUGACUAUUUGAGGCAAGUCCUGCAGAAGGCAGCAGAGUCAGCUUACACCUGGGUUAUGCAGGUGAAGAAGAUGAAAGCCAUCUAUCACAUCCUCAACCUGUGUAGCUUUGAUGUCACCAACAAGUGUCUGAUCGCAGAGGUAUGGUGUCCCGUCAGUGACCUGGCAAACCUGAGAGGGGCGCUAGAAAAGGGUUCGAGAAAAGGCGACGCCACUGUACCUUCAUUUGUAAACCGCAUCCCGAGCAGCGAUACCCCACCAACACUUUUAAGAUCCAACAAGUUCACUGCUGGGUUUCAGAGCAUUGUGGAGGCUUAUGGGGUGGGGGACUAUCGCGAGGUAAGCCCAGCUCCUUACACCAUCGUCACAUUUCCCUUCCUGUUUGCCGUGAUGUUCGGAGACUUUGGCCACGGGUUGAUAAUGAGCCUCUUCGCCCUGUGGAUGGUGCUGACAGAAAAAAAUCAAAAGAAGAAGCGUUCUAGUAAUGAGAUAUGGAUGAUGUUCUUCCAUGGGCGAUACAUCAUCCUCAUGAUGGGGCUCUUCUCCAUCUACACCGGACUCAUUUACAAUGACUGUUUCUCCAAGUCUGUAAAUAUAUUUGGGUCCGGAUGGAGCGUCAAGGCCAUGUUCACCGAUCAGCAGUGGACAAACAAAACAAUCCAAACAAACGCUUUGCUCACAUUAGACCCUAAUGUCAGCGGUGUAUUCAGUGGACCGUACCCAUUUGGCAUUGAUCCUAUAUGGAACCUGGCAGUGAAUCGACUGUCCUUCCUCAACUCCUACAAGAUGAAGAUGUCAGUCAUCAUUGGCGUCAUUCACAUGAGCUUUGGCGUGGUGCUGAGUGUCUUCAACCACUUGCAUUUCCGGCAAAAGUUCAGCGUUUAUUUGCUGUUUCUUCCUGAGCUGCUCUUUCUGCUCUGUCUCUUCGGCUACCUGGUCUUCAUGAUUCUUUACAAGUGGUUGGCCUUCAGUGCACGAAACUCCAGCCAGGCUCCUAGCAUCCUCAUUCACUUCAUCAACAUGUUCGUCAUGCAGGGGAAGGAUAUAACUCCUCUGUACCUGGGACAGACCGGGCUUCAGAUAUUCCUCCUUUUGAUUGCUGUGAUGUCCGUUCCAGUAUUGCUCCUGGGAAAACCUCUUUACUUGUACUGGCAGCACCGUGGAGGCAAAGGCCUGCGAAGACGCAGAGGUUAUGAGAGGGUGAGGCGUGUAAGUGAGGAUGAUGGUUCUAUAACAUCCAUUCAUGAGGAGGAUGAAGAGGAAGGAUUUGACGAACUAACCAACAGAGAAGCGCCUCCUAAGCAGUUUGACUUUGCAGAUGUGCUGCUGCAUCAGGCGAUCCACACCAUAGAGUACUGCCUGGGCUGCAUUUCUAACACUGCGUCUUAUCUCCGUCUCUGGGCGCUCAGCUUGGCUCACGCCCAGCUGUCAGAGGUGCUGUGGUCCAUGGUGAUGCGCCUAGGCUUCAGGAUCACCACUAAAGUUGGGGUGGUGUUUCUGGUGCCUGUGUUUGGCCUUUUCGCCACGCUCACUGUUUCCAUCCUGCUGGUCAUGGAGGGUUUAUCAGCGUUCCUCCAUGCAUUACGUCUUCACUGGGUUGAGUUUCAGAACAAGUUCUACCACGGCACCGGUGUCAAAUUCCUGCCCUUCGACUUCGCCCAGCUGCCGUCAGUUUUUGAGCAGGAUGGUUUGCUUUAACCCCCCUAAAGCAGUGGAUGUGAGAUUAAGCAGACUCUACAACUGUGAAGGUUUUGUGCGCGUUGGAACGAUUAAACCUGUGACGACAACAACAAACCCUCAAGACUCUGAACUGAAACUAAUUCCUGUAGCAAAGUUUCUCAGCUUGAUGGGUUUUUAAAAGCUAUCGGCUUGUGCUGACUGCCUUACUACUGUACCCAGCACACCUCUGAAGAGACAGAGGUACAAACAUUGUUGCUUUUGUUUAUCAUGUCACUUAUUGGAUGAGUUACUUCUCAGCACAUUCUGUCACCAGCUGAGGGAUUUUUAAAAUGUAAUUUAUUUGCAUUGUAUGGUGUAAGAUGGGUUUGUAUGCUUGCUCAAGUCAAAACCACAAGCAGUGCCAUAGAGAUUUAGUAAAGGGAUGCCAUUUUAUCUUCUCCGUGUAAUCAAGCUAAAGCUGCAGGCAUCCAAAAAUCAAAGACACAAUAAAACAUUUCAACCCUUUACUGAUAUUUCUUUACCAUAAAGCACUUUGCAGAAAUGAUUGUACAAUGUAAAGUUCUCACUACUGACUGUGAUGAUGCCAAAUGAAAAUAGUCACCUGUUGCUUUCUGCGUAUUUACUUAUUAACUCAUUUAUUUAAUCUUAUGCUCCCUUUGGUAUUAAUAAAAGAAAGCAUUAACAUGAUCCAAAAAAGCUACAAAAAAAAGUUAGGUAUUUCUUUAAUUAUACAGCUGAUUGCAUUUGUUAAUGAUAAUUCAUGAUAUUUAUCUAUCUUACUGUCUGUACAAGAGUAAUAUUUUAACAUUUUA